GACAGAUUUACGUUUGAUACAUUACUGUAGCAUAGGAAUGGCGUCAGCGCUGUUGGUAGGCCGGCAGGUGCCCCUGGGCGUGCGGUCCCAGAGGCACAGCACGCGUGCGAGCGCUUUCCGCAGCCGCCCGGUUCCCUUCACUCCUAUUCGCCGUGUUGUAGCGCGCGCUCAGGGGGUGGAUGCAGCGGAGGAGACCGCUUCGCUGGUCGAGGCAGAUGAGCAGAUCUUCGAUGAGGAUGUGUCGGAGCUGCUCGAAGCCGAUGUGAUCGGUGAACUGGGAGCCUUCGCUUCGGAUGCCGACAGGGAUGCCGUGGACGAUGAGGACGUCGCAGAUUUGGAGGCUGCUAUGCAGGCCGCGGAACUCCUUGCCAUGGAUGUGGAUAUGGCGACAGCUGCUGGAGUUAGCGCGGAGCUGGAUGAGGACGAGGAGGAGAAGCAGGUCGCUGCCCGCUUCAUGGAGGAGCAGCUUAGCCUAAAGCUAGCCUCUGAGGACCAGGCCGUAACUGAGGCGGAUAUGGACAUUGUCGCUGCUGGCGUCUCGGCGGAGGAAUUGACUGAGAUCUCACUGGAGGACCCGGUCCCCGUGAUGGCCAGCGACCGCUACGACGAGCGGCCGCUGUCGGCGGAGGAACGAGAGCUCAUCCAGCCCGUCAAGCUGUCCAAGGGCGAGCUCCGAAACCUGCUGCCGGCGGACUGGGACCAGAUCAACGUGGAUUUCUUCUCCAACAAGAAGCAGGAGAACAUCCGGCUGCCCGAGUUCCGCCUAAACGUGCUGUGGACCGAGAAGAACCUGAUUGUGGCCAUCGACCAGGUCUACUCCAGGGGUCAGGUGAGCCCGCUGACCAACUACUACCUCUGGCCGCGUCAGGACGCCUGGGAGGACCUGCGCGUCACGCUGGAGGAGCGCCCCUGGAUCGCGGAGAGGGACCGCAUCAUCCUGCUCAACCGCCUCACGCAGCUCAUCAACUUCUGGCAGGACGAGGAGGUGAAGCACUCGUUAGAGGAGGCGCGCGCCGAGUUCCCGGACUGCUACUUUGCGGCCGCCUAAAGGAAGGGGAGGCGGGCAUGCAGCGCCCUAGAAGCGUAAAGCCGUCGCCCAAGGGCGCAGCAGAAGGAGCAGUCAUCGCUUGGAGGAGCUGUGGAGCUGGGGUGGUCGCAUGCACCUUGUCGACUUGUUGAGUAGCCGCCCUGGUUGCUGCUGUGGGUCGGGAUGAUCCUGCCACUCUGCGACGGCGGUGAGAGGCAGGCCGGCCCGUUGUGACAGCGCGUGUGGCGGGGCCCGUGGCCAUUCGGCAGGGCGGGGGAGUCCAUGCACAUUGAGUGUGCUUGCAUCGGGUCUUUGCUGAGCAAGGAGGAUACGUGGAGACCGUAACUUGUCUCGCGGCUGCACGCUGGCCGUGCGUUUCAGGUUUUGAGACAGCAGGGGUUACACUCGGUGUUUGUGGCCCGCUUUUUUACUUUUGCGAGUGUUUAGACUUCAGGACGAGGAGGAGGAGAGGUGUGGCUAUAGGGGCCUCGUGUGGAUAGCAGAGGACGAGGAAAACUGACGGGGCUUAAGGGUUAACAUAGGGGGAUAGAAAGGCACCCUCAGGCGCCGGUUUUGCAGGUCUCGUGGCGCCUCGCUUGCGCUUCUUGCGCCGCCGCGAUUUGGGCUUUGGAAGAGCUUUGUGCUGGCGGUGCGUCCUUAGCCUUGUCCUUAAGUUGUCUGUUUUUUGACGUGCUCAUUUUGGCAUCAAUUCACAAGGCGAUGACCGGCACUUGGCAUAGCAGGCGAACCGCAGAAACCUUCGCCUGUACAGUAACCAGCAUGCGUGGUCUCUUAAGGGCCGUGUGCGAGAUGGCGCUUCUGUUUUUGCGAAAGGCGUGACGCGUUUUGAGGGGUGUCGCGGCCAGUGGUUGGGAGCACGUUGUAAGCGGCAGGGCUGGGGCAGGGGAAUGUUGAGAGAGGCGUGACAGUGCGUGUAUGAGAAGAUAUACAAACCCAGUCACGUGGGUUCUUUUGAAACUUUUGAGCGUUCUGGGAAUCUAUAGCAUAGAGGCAUAUGAGCAGCGGCCGAAAUCCCCGCUGCGUUCAUGGCACGAAGGGGAUUCAGGGGUUUGUGGGCCGCUGACAGGCGUGUUUGCAGCUUUGAAGCUUUGACGAUGCAAGCCCCCUUGGUUGUAAGGGGUGAAUGGAACAGCUGUUUCAAGUUUGGCGGCCGUAAGCAGUGUGUGUGUAUUACGAGGUCGAGAGCUUGCGUACCGUCAUCUGCCUCACGUCUGCGGUAUGGAGCGGGCCGUUUUUCCCUGCGUGUGUUACGGCCCCCACCAAUGCCGUAGUGCAGCCUACAGCCCCUCCGAUGUAAACAUGGAAUCCCCAUGCGGUGAUGGGGCAGCCUGCGCAGGUGCAGUUAUAC